AUGUCAAAACCCUCGCUCUGGAGUCACGAAGCGGACGAACAUGAUUCACUGGAAUCGGACACAGAGUUCGUUGAGUGGCGAACCGCUAGAACACGCACGACGAUGAAAGGAACUGUAGGCAAAAUUCAGACGUCUCCUGCGCAUGACCGCGCACAGAGAACGGACCGUCGCAAGGUGGUAGCUUUCGAAGAUGGAGGGGAUCAGCGUUUGUACGCCGGAGCAGCGAACUUCAAUGAUGAUACAAGUGCGACAUCGCUCUCCGAAGCAGAAGAAGAUGAAGCUGCUGAAUCACAAACCGCAAUGCAAAAAAGGAAGAGUAAAUAUUUGAAAAUCGUCAAGAUCAGUGUGCUCUUUGUAAUUUGGCUAAUAUUCACGAGUUUGCUAUUGGUACAACCCGAACAUGAACACUCCAAAUCGAAUUUCAUAUGCAUUCAUAAUGGCACAGAGAAGAUCUUCAAUGUGCCAGAGCCAUCAAAGUCGAAUGGAUUCUUCAUUAUAGCUACCGGGCCAUUUAUAAUGCUCUCGAAGCAUCAGUUGAAAAAGUUAGCCGGUAAAGAAAAAACGUUGAGUAUUCAGCUGUUUCAAUUUGUGGGGAGUGAAAGACAUGAAGUUACCAAGCCUUGGGUAUUAUAUUUAGAAGACACCUCGGAUUUAGACAGCAUACAUCUUGUGGAACGCACAAAACUGUUCGCAUUGCAGUCCAUUUCUGAGAAGGGUAGCGACAAGUUGCAAAUCAGCAUGCGCACGAAUAUACCGGAACCGCUUUCGUUGGAGUUCUAUUAUGAGCCGUCGCCGAUAAACUUAGAAAUCGGUGUUGCCAUAGCGCUCGUACUAGUAAUUGGCUUCUAUAUACUGCUGAUGCUGGACAUCGUGCAUCGUGCGCUCGCUAUAAUCGUUUUCUGCACGCUCGCCAUCAGCAUGCUAGCACUACUCAAUUUACGACCCUCGUUGCGUACUAUCAUCGACUGGAUCGAUUUCGAGAUACUCUUGGAGCUAUUCGGUUUGACGCUCAUCAUAGCCAUAUUGGCAGAGACUGGUAUUAUCGAUUACAUCACCGUACGCAUCUAUGAGUGCUCAAACGGUCAUAUCUGGCCAAUACUGAAUUGCUUGUGUUUCAUCACUUUUGUGCUUUCAUCAUGGCUCGAUAACAUUUUGAUGGUGCUAUUGAUCGCACCGAUUACCAUGCGUGUUUGCGAACUAAUGGAACUGAAUCCGUUGCCGUUACUCUCCUGCCUGAUUAUCUAUGCGAAUGUUGGCAAUACUUUGACGCCAAAUGGUGAGACACCGGCCGAAUACGUAUUGAACCACGAGGUAUUACGACGCGAGGGCAUCGACGCGUUUGUCUUUGUCGAGCACGUUUUGCCAGGUACCAUAAUAGCCGGCGCAAGCGCUUACCUCUACAUGCGUAUACUCUAUCACGAUUCGAAUACGAUGCGCUAUAAAGAUGGUGCCGAGAUUGAACGUCUGCGUCGUGUUAUUAAGGUGUGGUCGCGCACCGCCAAGAGUAUUAGUCCAUAUUCGAAGGAUGAAGAAGCGAUGCGCGAUACAGUCUUAUCGAAGGUGCGUCGUCUGCGUAAGCGCCUACAACGUAUUGGUAAGAUGCCAACACCACCACCGGACUACAAGGAAACCGUGAAGGCGCUCAAAAACGAAUUUCAAAUUACUGAUAAGGCGCUACUAGUCAAAUGCUGUAUUGUGCUGCUCUUCGUUUUCGUACUCAUCGGACUGCAUCUCAUACCGAAUUUGCAUUUUCUCUCCGUGGCUUGGACCUCGCUGCUCGCCUGCAUUCUCAUGCUCAUAUUGGCUGAAAAUGAAGAUUUCGAUGGCAUACUCGGCCGCAUUGAGUGGUCGACUAUGCUCUUUCUCGCCUGUGUCAUUGUUUUCUCUGAGGCCACAUCGCAGAUGGGACUAUUCGAUGUGAUUAGCAAUUUGACGGGUAAUCUGAUUACCUAUAGCAGUUCCGAUGCGCGUCUGGUUGUUGCCAUUCUGAUAGCCGUUUGGUGGUCGGCGUUUUGUGCUGCCUUUCUAACCGACGCUUCAGUGGCCUCGUUGAUGUUACGUGCUGUAACCGUUGCCGUGGAAGAUAUCGAGGAGGAAGAAUUGCCCGUGCAGCCGCUCAUUUGGGCCGUGCUGCUGGGCUCCGGCUUGGGCAGCAUUGGCACGAUAAUCGGCACUUAUGCGAAUGUCAUAUGCGCCGGUGUGGCGGAGAAACAUGGCUAUAAUUUUCCAUUCCUCUAUUACUGCAAGGUAGGCUUCCCCAUUAUGUUGGUGUGUGUGACGAGCGUUACCAUAUACUUGAUGAUUGCUCAUGUGGUGUGCCACUGGCAUUAA